UCCAUUAACAGAGUCUGAUGUGGCUAGCUCAAUGUUAGCAAGGUAGCACUAAUGGUUGCCCUUUCCUUUGGAUAUUUCCCCGUAUUACUAACUCGACAUGGGCAAGAGAGACAACCGAGUGGCUUACAUUAACCCCAUUGCUGCUGCACGAGCCAGGGGACCGGCAAAUAAUGCUGGACCAACUAUACAAGAUUAUUUAAGUAGGCCUCGACCAACAUGGGAAGAGUUAAAGGAGCAGCUGGAGAAGAAGAAGAAGGGCUCUCGAGCCUUGGCUGACUUUGAGGACAAAAUGAACGUGAAAUGGAGGAAAGAACUGGCAAAAAACAGAGAGAAGUUGUUAAGUGGACUUGAAAAAGAGAAGGACAAAAAGACAACAGACAAGGAAAAAGAGGAGAAGAAAGAGAAAAAAGAGAAAAAGAAGAAAGAGAAGAAGAAAUCCAACAGGCAUUCUUCAUCUUCCUCCUCCUCAUCGAGUUCUGAUUCCCCUAGCAGCUUCUCUGGAGAAUCUGAAGAUGUGGAUGAAAAAAAGAGUGUGAAGAAAAAGCGGAAGAGAAAGAAGUCUUCAACUAGGAGAGCAUCGGACAGCUCAGAGGGAGAAUCUGAUGCUGAAAGCAAGAAGAAGAAGAAAAGAAUAAAGGAAGAUGGGGACAAAGACAAGGAUGACAAGAGUCGUAAAAGAAAAAGGAAGGCUGAGCGAAGUUAUAAAGACUCAUCUUCAGAGUCAUCUGCCGAAUCUGAGGGGGAAGAGGCUGAAGCCAAGAAGAAAAAGAGAAGUAGCGAGGAAAAGGAAAAAAUAACAGACAAAUCCAAGAAGAAAAGGAAAAAGAAGCACAAGAAACACAGCCGAAAAAAGAAAAAGAGGACAGCAUCUCAGUCAGACUCGGAGCUCGAUUAACAACCACACCUUUAGGGUUCUCUCAUCCUCCGGACAGUUCACAAGUAGUGUUAUUUUGCUUUUCACCUAAAAAGUUCUCCUAUCCAGCUUGUGGUCAUCACGCUUGAGCAAGAGACCUGCAGAGUUGUAAUGCUGUGGUUCUGAGAGUGAAGUGAAGUGAAAUAGAGGGAGGCACCAUCCCUCGAAGUGGCAACUACCGGUACAUAUCUUCUGUUGAUUUUAUCUUCUGUUGAUUUUUACUACCAUCUCUUUGAGAUAACGUUAUUUAAACCAUGGGACUGAAGUGAAUUCCUCAUACCCCCCCUCAUCUUGGAGAAUCAAUGUGACUGGCGCUUGUUUUCAUCUUCAGAAUGCUGGCCCCUCUCCGAGUUGCUCUCUCUGCUCCAUACCCGACAUCUUACAUUUCUAUUUGCUAGAUGAGGCUGUCAUGCUAGUGCCUGCGUCGUGCAUGUAGACCCGAUGACCUGAUGUCUCGCCAGCCUCAUAUUGAAGUUGGAUUUAUGAUAAGAAAUGUGAGCUUCACAGUCAACAUUUAUACAAGUGAUAAAUUGUUCCGAUAGAUGAAUUGUUACACUGCAGCGUAAAUGUAUAAACAAUGGGAAUUCAUAAAUAAAGUAUUGUUUUAGCCUUUAGUGCUGUUAGUUAGUUGCAACCUUUAUUGAGACACUAUUUCAUUUUUGUUUUGUGUGUGUGUGUUUGUGUAUGAAUGGUUACCCUGGUUGCCCUAUUUAAUACAAACUUA